GGCGCGCGCUCCCCCGGGAACCGGGUAGCACUCGACGGCUCGCGACGAGGCCGGGGCGACGUGUGGGCCUGGGCUGGGCGCCAUGGACGUUUUCACCCGGUUCGCCAACCAGACGCAGGGCCGGGACCGCCUCUUCAGUCUGCCUCAUUGAGAGACUGCCUGUGAAAUAGUUUUGUGAACUGUGAAACGAAAUACAGUGUGGAGAGCCUCAGAAAGAACUGCCCGCACUUCUAAGAGCCACUCAGUACACAUGCAUGUUGCUUAGAUAUUUAUUAGAGCCUAAAGCUGGCAAAGAGAAGGUGGUAAUGAAGCUCAAGAAACUGGAGUCUAGUGUGAGCACUGGCCGUAAAUGGAGCCAGAGUUAAAGAAAUGGCAAGGUGAUAAUGGUGAUUCUUUAAAAAACAACAACAAUCUUUUGUCUGGAAGUAAAUAAAAAACAAGACAUCAGACUCACCAAAAGAAUGUUGCAUCUGGAGUUGAUGUUAUCAUAGUACCUUCCUUCUGAAGAAGGGUAGCUGGUAAUACUCAAAUGCAAUAACCCACCCUCAUCACUGACCUUGCCUGAAGGAUGUUGGUUCAGACUAGGCAAUGUGGUACAUGCUGUACAGGCGACUCAGCAGAGCAUUCAUGCCACUGACUUGGUACCCUGCUUAUGCCUAACAUUAGCCAACCUGAACCGUGUGAUUUAUUCCAUCUGUGACACCAUCCUCUGGGUGAGAAGCGUAGGGCUCGCCCCUGGCAUUAACAAAGAGAAAUGGCGAAUGUGGGCUGCCCGCCAUUACUACUAUACUGUCCUGCUGAGCCUGGUAAGGGAUCUCUAUGAAGUCACCUUGCAGAUGGAACAGGUUGCACACGACAGGGCAAAGAGGGAGAAAUCACCAUCCCAGGAUCCUCUUGGGUACAGUGUGGCCGAUGAGGAAACAGAAUGGCUCCAAUCCUUUCUCCUUCUCUUAUUCCGAUCUCUGAAGAAUCACCCUCCCUUGCUCCUGGACACGGUGAAGAAUUUCUGUGAUAUCCUGAACCCUUUGGACCAGUUGGGGAUCUGUAAGUCCAACCCUGGCAUCAUUGGACUUGGAGGUCUUGUGUCCUCUGUAGUAGGCAUCAUCAUUGUGGCGUAUCCUCAGAUGAAGCUGAAGACGCGCUGAGGGGUUCUCAGGCUGAAGACACAUACCUGCUUUAAAAGACACCCUCUUAGAGAACGGACAUUGGUGUUAGGCACAGACCGUGUUGUACUGUGCUUAAGGACUCAUUCAUGCGGGCACUUAGUGACCUGUGGUGUGAGCAGAGGCGGGGCCAGGAGUGGAGAAGGGGAGAGCAUCAAGAUUUAGAGAUGUUCUUUGAGAGGGCUGGAGUGACUCCUCAAUUCUGAGUAUUUUCCCUGCCCCUUAAAUUUAUUGAGCAUCUCUUAUGCACAUAGUAGGAGCUUAGUGUUUGCUGAAUGAAUAAAAACUUAAAGAAAAAAAUUGAAAAAGGCCCUAACAAAUGAACACUAAGGUACAGUAACCUGUGGGCAUGUGGGCCUUCAUGGCUUUUGCACGAUGGCAGUAGAUCUGAUGCACAGCCCUCUUCAGAUCUACUAGAGGUGCCUUAUUCCUGUGAUCAGUUACCCACCAGCCGAUCCACCUGAUCAAUUACCUUCUUCCAUAGAUGCCAAUGCCAGGGUGGAGGGUAGCUGGGCUGGGCUGACAGCUUUUAAAAUUGCUAGCCCUUCACUUCACUGCACUUCUGUCCUUCCUCUGUUCAGAAGUAGAAUCAGAAACACGUUAUGCACUGUCAUGGUAUAAAUCGUGUCUUUAGGUAGUGCCAUGAGUAAGCAGAAAUCAGCAGCAGACAGGAAGGAUUUGAGGUAAAAACAAUGAAGAAGGUUACAGUGUGUGCCUGCAGGUAGCCUGUGACACAUGGGGACACUGAGGUUAAAAAAAACUGAGGCCAGAACCUCAUUCCUCUGACUCCCACAUUCUUUCCACGUCCCCAUAUUCUUUCUACAAUAUCUCACUGCCUUCCUUAUUGGGUGGAAGUGUGAGACUCCAGAAUCCUGUGGGAAAAGCCUUUUUUAGAACUGUUCUUUAUAUAAACAGUUUAUAUUCUUUUCUAUGAAAAUUAAAGCCAUAUCUAGAUUUACCAGCUAGACUAUUUAUUAAAGCCACGCAACAGUUUGGGCACUUGUACAUUAAUUUUCAUCAAAAUGAUGCAGGUAGGAAAUUUCUUGAAUACUCUGAAGGCAGGAGGGUCUCAGUUUUCUAUAAGUCAGACUUCAUAUGUGUAGGGUGGUUGGGGGCCGGUAGGGUUUAGUGAAGAGGCCAUUUACUCAUGCUGCUACUUCCCAUCUCGGGUGUCGGGGUUAUCUCUGAUUACAAUCUUCCAACUCGAUGGAAGUGAGGUAGACAAAUAGGAUGCCAUUACGUAGGAGGCUGGUGGCAGCCCUGCCAGGAGAGCCAUCUCAACCUGAAUGGAAAUGAGAAAAGAAAUGUACACUAAAUGAAUUUCCCAUAAAUGAGACUGAGAUUCUUGAAAAGUAGACGCAGGUCCUCGGCUCUCUAUUUCUAAAGACAUCAAUCAAAAUAAGGGAUUUAGAAAAGAACAUUUUGGGAAUUUUAAGAGAAAUGAAAGCUGCUAAUCAGGGCAAAUAAAAAGUUUAGCUAUUUUUACUUUGUCCAGAUUGUCUACUGUAAUGGAUAAAUUAUGUCUAAUAAAUUUCUAGACAAAAAUUGA